AGCGGCUCAGUACAAUGGUGUCCGGUAUAUGCAACGUUUUGACGCGUUGCGUAAUCAUUUAAAAGUGUAAGCGAGACGGAACAAAAUCGCGGCGCGAACGAUUUCGGUCGUGUCUCACGUUUACGUCGACGCGACCACACUGCCUGUCGUGGAUCAAGAGAUAUGCAGAAGAGUGGAGUCGAGCGUUGUUAACGUCCCGGAGAAUGCCACUGGGUUUCCCACUGGCAAAUCGGUAACGAACGAUCAACAGCAGCAACCCGUCCCAGGGAAAAUGUCGUUGAUAAAGACCAACACCGGCUCGCCGGGGACCACCAGCGUUCCCAUGCUGAGCCAAUUGAAAUAUGAGCAUUUUCUCGCCGGUAUAUCCGGCGGCGUGGUUUCGACGCUGUUGCUGCAUCCGCUGGACCUGAUCAAGACCAGAUUUGCGGUUAAUGAUGGCAGUCCGAAGUCUGGUCCACAAUAUAAAAGUCUUAGAGGUGCAAUACAACAGAUUAUCAAGACUGAAGGUGUACGAGGACUUUACAAAGGUGUAACACCAAAUGUAUUAGGAUCUGGCGGUGCGUGGGGUUGCUACUUCUUUUUCUACAAUACCUUUAAAGGCUGGAUUCAAGGAGGAAAUAGUCGAAUACCAUUGGGACCUUCCUGGCACAUGUUUGCUGCAGCAGAUGCUGGGAUUCUUACUUUACUUAUUACCAAUCCACUUUGGGUAGUGAAGACACGUUUGUGUUUGCAGUAUAAGGAUGAUGCAAAUCUUCCAGAAAAGUACCGAUACAAGGGCACGAUAGAUGCGAUUCAAAAAAUUUAUAGAACAGAAGGAAUCCAAGGCUUGUAUCGGGGUUUCGUUCCUGGAAUGGUUGGUGUUUCACAUGGUGCCAUUCAGUUUAUGGUCUAUGAAGAGCUGAAAAAUCAAUACAACACUCGCCUAAAUUUGCCAAUAGACACUAAAUUGUGCACAAUGAGAUACAUCGUCUUCGCGGCAAUCUCCAAAUUAAUUGCCGCUGCUUCUACUUAUCCUUACCAAGUUGUAAGAGCGCGACUUCAAGAUCAUCAUCACAACUACUCUGGCAGCAUAGGAUGCAUACGAUCGAUAUGGAGAUAUGAAGGGUGGCGUGGCUAUUACAAGGGUUUGAGCGCGAACCUGACCAGGGUGACUCCGGCAACUGUGAUCACGUUUUUGGUAUACGAAAACGUAUCACAUUACCUUCUGCAACUCACAAAAAGACGGAACGUCGUGGAAGACAGGACUCCUCUGCCCAUUCUUGUUAAAAGAAUCGAAACUUGAAGUUUGUUCGUUGGGAAUUCGAACUGAGAUGUCCGGUAUUUAAUUUAGACCUAAUUCGGCGCCACCAUAAACAAAAAUUGAAGGCACAAUACAUUUUGACCAGUCGACAGAAUAUUGUGAUUCGCGAAAUAAAUAUGUUUGUCUCUGUCAAAUGAAAAUUACAGUUAAAUUGCUGUAACGUUAAUCUACGUGCAUUUAAAUUUUUAGCGAGUGACCGUAUUCGUUACAUUAUUCCUUAAAGCAUUUGUUUGCAAAUAGGGAUGGGUGAAAUUUAUUUCAGAAAGUAUUCGAAUUACUACUUUUGUAUUCGUUUGUUGUUAAAAGCUUAAAAGAAUUUGCAUGAUGUAUUUGCUACAUAUUGUGUGUAAGCAAAGAGUAUACAAAACAGUUUUCAAAACAAUUUUAAAUGUCAUUAUUUAGAAAUGAUUUAUACAUAUAAUUAUUUAGAAAUGAUUUAUACAUAUAAUUAUUUAUGAAAAAUAUUACUAUUUAUUUAUUAAUGGUCACUACAGAAUACAAUAUGUCAGGUUGCUCGUCGUUUGUUCUAAGCACUAAACACAUAUUUAGUACUUCAGAAGUAUUUCAACUGCAACGUUAUUCGAAUACAGCCAUCCUUGUAUGUUAGUUCAUCUUCGUAUCUGUGAGAUUUAGAUUAAAUUUUCAUCUGUAACAAUCGUGCCAGCUGGUCUGUGACGUUGUACACUGCAUUGUCCAUGUAUUGUUAUUGUGAAAUCAAUUAUGAAUACAGCGAUCGAACUCGGUAAAAUCAGGUAUUUCAUUUAUUCUGCGAAACUUAUCGCCACGUUAAUGUACGUUGUACUUGUUGCAUGUGAACAAACUAUACUCUUACAUGUUGUGUAAACAGUGAGUAUAAAUCAAGCCGAACAAUCUUACCAAUUUAAAGGAAUUAUUAAUUAUUCUCAAUUGCUUUCGUCUUUUUCUUUUAUAAUAUUUUGCUCAUUGCUUUCGUGGUACCGUUAAAGAGAUUAUUGCAUUGAUGUUGUAUUAUUUUGUCUUACUAGUUUGAGUGGGUUCUUUUAUCAUAGAACAAAUCCAUCGUACUGAUCGACAUAAUACACGAGAAGUUACUGCAAAGUUAUUGUAAACUCAAGGGUAGUUAAUCACGCGAGUUAAUAUUUACAACGGAUUUGUGUGAUCAAAUCGUGUUUGAACUAGCGCUUAUCGCAGUCGAUAUUCAAUUCAGUGUACUGACCAUUAACGGUCGAAAUGCACGCACAAACUUCGUUUGUGUACGUUUGCCUCGCGUUGGUCUAAUUUAUCAUUGCUCUUUGUGUUGUCAAAAUCUAGAUGUAGCUUAUCGAAGCGAAUUUGACUAUUGUGUUUGGGGAAACAUUGCAUACCGGGUUGCGGGAAUGAUUUAUAUUCUUUCCGUAAUUUAAAGCAACCUGUACAGCUAGAUUUCGUCUUCUUAUUGCCAUGGCUUCUUCAAGUAUUAGCGUCGAGAUUCUGGCUUAUCAGGGCUAAUGGACUUUGGGGACAUUUUUCAUAGUAGCUAUCGCAGUCUUCUCUAUACUCAGCCUCGGUGAUGGUGCUUGGGAGUCCUUCAUCUUGGGAAGAGGAUGGCCUGUAAGGAAAUGGUGUAAUAUUAUCGUAUUACCUCUUCAUAUUUAAAACGAAACAUUGCUUAUAAAAUUAUGUACAUCAAAUAAAUGGAUUUAUGUAAGAAAA